AUGUUACUGCCUUGGGUUUAUCUUGGUAUCUUAGUAAGUCUGUGGGCUUAUGCUUGUGGUGUUGAUUUCUGCGAGUAUCUUGUUGCAGGGGCGGUAAUGGUAUUUUCUUUCUACAAUUUCCUGAUGUCUGAAAGGGCUGUUGUUCAAAGAGCACAAGCUGAUGCACGUGAGUGGGCAGCUAUUGAUGCAAAGGGAAGGGCAGAAUGGGCAGCUGGGGCAUGUCAACGAUAUGAGGACCUGGUGAUCCUAGUUACAAACCUUCAAAAAGAAGACAAAGGAUUGAUGGUGUUUGCAUGUGAUGCUUUUGAUCUUCCCAUUCGGAAGGAAAUUAUCCACCGUGUUGUAAGAUGGCAGCUUGCAAAAAGACAACAGGUUAUAUCUAAAGAUGAAUCUGUCAAAACCUCUAAAGCUGCUAUUGAUGUACAAAACUUCUCACGUCUACAAAAGAAUGAAGAUGUUAUAGACUAUGCACUGAAGAAGAGGGAUGUGAAACUUGUGCCAUGUGGACUAGAUUUUGGACGCCCAAGGUUUGUUCGAUUUAGAGAACGUAGAUUUCAUCGAUCUUUGGAAAAGACAAGACGUUUCUACCCUCAUGUCCAUAACAUGGAUGGUUUUUUUGUUGCAAAGUCGAAGAAAAUGAGUAAUUCAAAGGGAGUUUCUGCAGCUUUUGAAUACUAG